AUGGCAUCGUUUGUUCUAAUCACGGACGCAACCAGCUUCGUCUCAUCUCACAUCAUCAAGCAGCUCCAAGAGGAGGGCUACCAGGUUCGAGGCACUGUAACCUCCCUGCAGGAGGAAGAGGCCAGGAUUAAUCUCUUACAUGAACUAUGUCCGGAGGCCAAAUAUAAAGUGGAAGUUGUCGAAGCUGACCCCACAAAAGCUGAUUCAAUAGAGAGUGCCAUGAAAGAGGUGCAUCACGUCAUCCAUGCCAUCAAACCCAUCGCAUCCCAGCCAGCAGCACAAGAAGGCGAGGCCCCGGUCCAGCCAGCGGUAGAGGCUGUACAGAAUGUGUUGAAAGCAAGUGUCCAGUCCAAGACAGUCAAGCGCAUCAUUCUGACCAGCUCCUACCAGGCAGUAUCAGCAAACCCUACUGUUGCUACUGACAAAGUAUUCACAGAAGCAGACUGGGCAGAUGCAGAAACUGCGGACCCACUGGUUAAGUCUCUCAUUUUGGCUGAAAAGUCAGCUUGGGAUUUUGUCAAGGAGCUACCAGAUGCAGACAAGAUUGAUCUGUGUGUGAUGAACCCAACUCUACCCCUGGGGCCACCAUUACUGGAUGCCCAGCAAGAUGUUGUGAAAUUGCUGCUGGAUCGUGGGAUCAGUGGGUGUCCUCGAGUUUGUUACUCUGUGGUUGAUGUGAGAGAUGUUGCUGCUGCCCACGUCAAAGCUCUGGAGCUGGAAGGUGUUGUAGGAAAUCGUCACAUCCUUCAUGGAAGCAAUCUAUGGUUAAAAGAUAUUGCCCUUAUCUUGGCAAAGGAGUACAAGCCUCAAGGCUAUAGUAUACCCACAAUAAGUCUCCCUAAUGUUUGCUUGUGGGGUCUCAGUCUCUUUAACAAAACAGCCAAGACAUUUUUACCAGUGGUCGGAAAGCAGAGCCAGUUCGAUAACACAAGGAUGAAGGAAGUACUUGGCCUUACUCCGAGGGAUGUCAAAGAAACGAUUUUGGAGGAGGCUAACGUGUUGAUUGAGAAAGGUCUAGUGAAAAAACCAAAAAAGGUUCGUGCACCAGGGACUGGUGCUGCAGCGGAGGGGGACACCACAAUUCAGGAGACGUCCGACAAGAAAGAAGGUGAAAGCAAGGAAGAAAAGGGGGAGGAGACAGCAAAGGAAAAUGGAGAUGUCAAAGAUGAGGAAGGAGAGAAGAAGGAGGCCACCGAGGAAGGACAAGGGGAUGACAAGAGACGAAGGAAGAAGCCCCAGCAGAAACAACUGAAGCAACAAAGGCUGAGAAUUAACUCUUAG